CAGAGAGAGUUGCGUAACAGUUGUUGAAAUGCGUUGGCUUAAAACAAUAUGUCUUAACAUCCUGCUAAAAUAGCAAAGGAUGUUAACAGAGCUAACAUUUUGUAAGAAGUGACUUACGCGGGCUCGAGCUACACUUAUUUAGUGAAAAAGAAGAAAGAAAAGAAGUCUUUCUAGUUUCUCCGUUCAGAGCUGAACAGAGAUGAAUCCGUCUCCAGAUGGCCAGAUCAGACCUCGAGGGGCUGUGCUGGUUUCAUCACUUGUUGUGGUGAAUAUGAUUUGGUGGAUGCUAAUGAUUGCAGCCAUUGGUUUGGGUCUUACACAUUUAAAACGAUGUCCAGUAGAGCCGAACAUCCCCAUCUAUCUGAUAGUGCUGGGAGCGACCAGCCUUCUCUCUCUGUCUCUGACCUACACCAUGACCAACCGGGAGGGGGCCAGGGUCCCCAACCUGUGCUCUGUCUGCAUCUGCAUCCUGUACCUCUUCAGUUUCAGCUGGUUCAUUGCAGGUUCCAUCUGGAUUUAUCCUGUCUAUCCUCCCAACUACAUACCUGGAAUAGCUCGAUACUGCCACAUGGUAACCUACCAGUUUGCCUUUGUCAUCACCACCCUGGUGUGGGUCGUUACGAUGCUCAUGUUCGUCUGCGGAUGUUGCUUCGCUGUCCUGACCUGCUGUCAGACUGUAAUCGCAGGAAGCCGAUUGGUACCCAGCCGCUAUUCUUUCUAUGGUGCGACAAGUGAUUUCCAAGAACCCAUUGGUGGUGAUGUGUGAUUUUUUUUGCUAAUGUCUUCGAGUGUCUAAACAAUUUACACUAGGUUUAACAGGAGUGAAACUUUUUUCUAAAUGUUGACUUAGUGAUUAUGCUUCUGCUGCAAAAGGUUUUUUAAAAAUAUUGUUACAGUUUGAUAAGAUAAUAACUUUAUAAUCCAAAUUCAAUUGUUACUGCUGCUUUAAGAUGUACAGACAAAAUCACACUUUUUGCACUGGAUAACGAAGGUUUGGGCAGCUAGUAAAAAAAAAUUCUUUACAUAGAUUUGGCUUUCUUCAGGUUUGUUUCCCCAGUGGAAUAACUUUUGUUUAUUGCACCACUUAAAGAGGUAUUGUAAAGAAGAAGUGUGAAGUAUCGUUUGAAAAUAAAAGUUAAAUAUCUUGUAAAUUCAUUUUGUUAUUUUCCACAUAAAUGAUGAUUUGAAUAAAUGCUUGUUUUUUUAAAGUAUCCAA